AUGGUGUGUCGGAUAGGGGUAGUAAAAAUGAAGAAUCACGGCGGAGGCAUCCCGCGUCGCGUAAGUCAUGAUCAAGCCUUCGGUUUUGUAUUAACUGAUUACCAAAACUAUCUGACACACCGGCCGGCUUUUUCCGAUGAGCAAAAACCUCCAGCAAAAAUAUUGCCGCUGGUCGAAUGCGUGAAUGCGCUCUCACUUGAAGACUUUAUCAAUCGCUACAUACCCCUUCGAAUCCGGGACUUCACUAUAUCAGUUCCCUGCCGAACACCGGCCGUCAAUGGCCAGGAACUAUACGAAACCUAUUCAAUUGAAAUACACUCAUCGACCUCGAUAUCAAAGACCGAUCUCGAGUCAUGCUUUUUGCUGGUGAAGCUUACCAGCUCGGAGAUGUACAAACAUUCAACCACUGGAUGGUCACCUGCGAAAAAGAAAAACGAAAUGAAACUUCUGGAUAUGUGGUAUAUGCUUCUGGUCCGUAACACCACUCCUACUACUUGUCCUCCUGCUACCGAAUCGGUGUCCCUCAUACACAUGGAUGAGAAGUCACAAACUCCUGAAACUGGCAGGCGGGAGCUUGGGGGAUUUCUGUCCUUCAUGGUUACAUACGAAGAUGAAAUUGAAGUACUAUAUUGCUACGAAAUUCACCUUGCACCGGAGUUACAGCACAGGGGAUUGGGGAAGAUACUUCUUGGCUAUUAUGAGGAGAUAGGACGGAACAUCGGGUUGCAAAAGACCAUGUUAACGGUUUUUAAGGCCAAUGGGUCCGCUAUUCGCUUUUAUGAACGGCUGGGAUACGCAGAAGAUGAGUUUUCUCCCAAACCGAUGAAACUCAGGAAUGGGCAUACCAGGGAAUAUGAUUAUAUGAUAUUAUCUAAGGACAUUGCUAGUACACAGACGACAAUGAAGAAUGACAAGAAUGAUAUCGGUGUUGUGUGGUGA